GCUGCUCCGACCUGCUGAGUGAGUUGAUUCUUCAACUUCUGACUCACGUCCUUCACAAAUCCAAGGACACCGGAGCGUUUGAUCGUUUUAUCCAAUAUUGCGGGAGCUUUAAAUUGUUUGUCGUUGAUGUUGCGUUUUAACUGGCAUGUAAAUUUUUACUGAUAAUAAACACCUGCUCGGCUGACAAAGUUAUGAUGGGACAUUAAGGCGGUGAAAGUCGUCUGUAUUUGAGGAGAAGCAAGGUGCUUUAAUUUUUAUGGUCGCCGUCUUUUCACCGGAAAAAAUGAACUGCUUCAGUCAGAGGGUGAGACGGACAGCUCCCAUGCAUGGCAGCAGCAGAAAUGAGCUAGUUCCCUCCAAGCCUCCCAGGAGGAACGGGUGGUCGUGGCCCCCUCAGGCCAUCCAGGUGGUUGGAUGGUUGGUGUACAGCUACCUCACCAUAGUCAGCUUUGGUAUCUAUAUCCCGCUUCUGCCCCUGCCGUGGAAACAUGUGGCCUAUACUCUGAUGGGCAUAGUGUUUAUUGUGCAUUUUUUCACCCACAUCGCUGCUCUAACAAUAGAUCCAGCAGAUGUCAGCGUGAGGGCCAAACAGAACUAUUCCACUCCGAUGCCUCUUUUUGACCGAACAAAACAACCGCAUGUCAUCCAUGACCUGCACUGUUAUCUUUGCGAUGUCAAGGUUGGCCCCAGAGUGAAACACUGCAGUAUUUGCAACAAGUGUGUGGAAGACUUUGAUCACCAUUGCAAAUGGCUGAACACCUGUGUGGGUGGAAGAAACUACCAGUACUUCUUUUUGGCACUGUGCUCAGCUACAAUAGGCAUCUUUCUGCUUGUCGUGGUUGUAUUGUUCAUAUUUAUUCAGCAUUACCUCGAUCCAUACAGCUUACGGACUGCGCCGCAGUUUGACAGUGUGCUGGGGAAUACUACCUGGCUGAUGUUUUUGCCGUUAGCUCCCAUAAAGGCGAGUUCAGCUGGCCUCCUCAUACUAGCCUUCGUAACAGUCAUGUUGAGCAUCAUCUGCCUGCUGCUGCUAAGCCAUCUGCUGGGCUUUCACCUUUACCUCUUUUAUAAAGGCAUAAGCACAUAUGAUUAUGUUAAGCUGCGGCGCCAAAAAGAAGCAAGGAAACGAGACAUUGAAGCAGGAAAUAAUAGUCAUGAUGCAAAAACUCAUAAGGCUCAGCAGAACCAAGAGGCCUCAGUUGACUGUGAGCCAGCAUUAUCAGAGAGUUCAAGUUCCUGCAAAUUUGAUGAUAAAGGUCCGUUCACCAACCGACUUUCAGAGUCUAUAUGCACAGAGCUGGAAAACUUUAAAAAAUCAGCUGACAAGGAGAACAAAUUCCAUUAUGGUACAGAAAAUGCAGCAAGGGGAAUAGCUUUAAAUGACAUCCAAAACUGGAAGCCUGACAAUGAUGAAGAAGCUCAGAAAGCCAGUGUGAAGUCUGUUUACAGUGUCCCUGGAGUGCAGGACCCUCUCGGCAGUUCAAUUAUGACUCCAGAUGAUAUUUAAAAUAACAGAUGUUUGUGUAGUGGUGGAUCAGAAUAUGCUGCUCUUAGGAAAAAGUUAUUUUGAAAGUAUGAAAACAAGAACCGAAACACCUUCUGUUUAUAAGAGAGGACUUCUUGGACCCGCGUGUUUUAUGCACUUUAUUUUAUUUUAUUUUUUUUUUAAGCCAAAGGACAUUUUGUAUGUGUCUGAAUAACCGUUGACCUGUUGUUGGGUUUUGUUCCUUUUGUAUUUGUGUGGAGUUUUUUAUGAUAAAGGUUGAAUUAUUUAAACAUUGUUUUAUCGCAGUGACUUAGAGAGCCAAAGUCCACUGACGGGUGAGUCUGUGUCCAACUAGAGUCAGUUAGAUGUAUUUUUGCAUCUUUUUGAAAACUAAAUGUAACACUAGUUUCCUGUUCAUUUCACUGUACUGAUGGUGACAUUUAAACAUCUUGCCAUUUUAUCUGAUCACCAAAGAGAACCUUGUAUGGUAACAAUAGUUUGUGUAGCAGUGAGCAGUGAAGCAGCUGGUAGCCUGAAAUAACACUUACGCACUCUCUGCCUAUUUUUUUUUUUUUUUGAACAAUUUUUUUCAAAGCUGAU